AUGUCUUCCGACGCAGCUAGAGGACCGGUAUUGGCACCAACUGACCACACUGUUGCUAAUACCAUUGCAGCAGCCGUGGUGCUAGCUGAAGGCGAUGACACUAACUUGGCCGAAGAUGCCGAUUUAGCUCUCGGUGACAACUACUCUCUUUCAACGGCGUCUGUGUCAAGCAGCAUUUUGCAGUACCGCACAAUUAAUGGGCGGACGUUUCACAGCGACAAGUAUGCAAACUACUUCAUGCCCAACGAUGGCCAGCAACAGGAGGCUAUAGACAUAGCGCACCAUUACUUAACGCUACUCCUAAACGGCGCAUUUUUCCUAGCGCCUGUCAAAGACAACCUUAAAAACGUGCUUGACAUUGGCACCGGUACUGGUAUUUGGGCAAUUGAUGUUGCCGACCAAUUUCCAAAUGCCCAGGUAAUCGGUACGGACAUCUCACCGAUCCAGUCGAUUUGGGUACCGCCUAACGCCAAGUUCGAGAUUGAUGACGCAACACAGCCAUGGACCUGGCCUGACAACGCCUUUGAUUUUGUUCACAUUCGUUUCUUGGUAGGCGCCAUCUCGGACUGGGAUGCGCUAUUCUCUCAGGCUUACCGCUGCUGCGAGCCAGGCGGCUGGUUUGAGUCGUGCGAGCUGCGUCCUGAGCACCAGAGCGACAAUGGAACGGACAAGAAUUCCCCUAUCUUCACUGAGUUCUGGCAGCUUUUUGAAACAGGCAUGUCCAAGCUAGGCCGUAAUUUCAGCGUUGUCAAAGACGGCACCCAGCACAGGGCUAUGAAGAAAGCAGGCUUCAAGAACAUUGUAGACAAGACCUAUAAGCUACCCUUGGGUAAAUGGCCUGCUGAUACAAAGCUGGCUGAGAUAGGACAGUUCGCUCUGACCGCCCUGCUUGAAGACUUGGAAGGAUAUACCACCUUCUUGUGGAACAAAGUCUUGGAAAAAGGCGAGAAAGAGUUCCAGAUCUUCCUUAUGGAGAUGCGCAAAGCCUUAAAGGAUAAGAAUUUACACACGUAUUUUACUGUCCGCUACGUCUAUGGCCAGAAGCCGGUUGAGUAG